GGGCUGUGGGAGCUCACCUCAGCACAGAAACAGACCCAGUCGACACAAGGAAGAAACAUUCUUGCAUCAUGAUGUGCAAGGCUGCAGCUGCUGCGCUGACUCUUCUCCUGAUCUCAGUGCUUGGAACAAAAGGUAAGGCCCUGACACGCUCAGUGAUUGAACUCCGAUGCCAGUGCAUAAGCACCCAUUCCAAGUUCAUCCAUCCCAAGUUCAUUCAUAACGUGAACCUCAUCCCCAGUGGACCUCACUGCAAGAAUCUUGAAGUCAUAGCUACCCUGACAGAUGGCAGAGAAGUGUGUCUGGAACCCACUGCUCCCUGGGUGAAGCUGAUCAUCAAAGCAAUUCUGGACAAGCCAAAUGCCAAACCGGAGACAGUGUCCUAAGAUGAAGAAGAAAAACGCCCUAAUUCCUCCAAGAAGGCAGCCAGGAACAACCAGGGACAGCCAGCCAUUCAGCUUCGGGCAGUUCACCUCCUCCUGCCACCCAUAUUCACUCUUUUAACAGCAUCUAGAGAGUAAUGAUUCCCUGGUUUUGUAGUUGAAAACACUAGUUUAAAUCUUUUGAAGAGUUCUCAUUAUAUAGGAGAGAAACCACUGACACCAGAAAAAGCAGGCAGAAAAAAUGGAUUAUGAAAAGAGCUGGAGAUGAUUCUCGAGUCAUUUAUGCUGAACACAGCUGGAUCAGUGCAGUGCACUCUCAGCAGAGCUUUCACUAAAUUAUGCCUUCUCUUUUUGCCAAUAGUUUAGGAAUAGACCAGCAAAUCCUCUCCAGGAAAGCACGGAUAGGUACCAUCAACUGUACCUAGGAUACUGACAGUCAGGGUGGGCUACUGACUGUAAAAUUAUUGGCUUGUAAAAUUACUGACUGUAAAAUUUACUGGCUUGUAAAAUUAGGAAGCCAAAAUUCUGAGGCAUCAGUUUUUGUGCCAUCAUUUUCAAGAUAUUGUUUAUUAUGAGUUAGUGUUGUGAAGGUGUAAAUAUUUAUUUUAAUGACAUGUUUUUGUUAUUAAAAAGCACUUUAUUUAUGUAUUUAUUUUUAUUUAUUUACUUUUGCAUAAGAAUGUAGUUGUCUUCAAUAUUUAUUUAUGGGAAAAUAUUUAUGUUUAUGUACCUAAUAAAUGCUUGUUGAUAUAUUUUCACUUCAAUAUUGUGUUAUUAAUUUCCUUCUUUAAAUACAAAACUGAAAAAGAGGAUGCAUUUUCUAUCAUUCUGUGUCAUGUAAGGGGUUCUCAGAAGGGCAAGUGGUGGCUGAGUUGUGGAUUGCAGCUAAUUACAACAGCAAGUUCAUGUCUAUGAUGAGUGUACAUGAUUUCCAAUAGGAGGAAAUAUAAAAAUUAUCUACUUUCUUCCUCCUUCCUUGCCAGACUCUGUGUUUUCAGAGGCCUGGGUGAUAAAAUUCACUGAUAGAAAGUAAUGAGCAAAUAAUGGUUAGUCACAAAAAUUCCAAGGCCAUAGCAGUGGUGGUGCUCGGACUGUAUGUCAGCUGACUAACCUGGCACUGAACGAGGUUUUCAUUAACUUAAAUAAGCAGGGAAACUUGAUAAACAUUAAGGAAGUCACUGAGCAUCCUCCCUAAUUCCACUGAGGAGGGAGGACCACAUCAGGAAAAGUCCUAAGAAAUACAACUCCGAUUGUAUGGCCAUGCAUCUGCCUGUGACACAGCCAUUUACAGAGAAACAGCUGGAAUACAAGCAGUGAACACUUGAGAAAGUGGGAAAAUUGGACAAAUGUUUUGCUUCAGUGUUUUCCAAUAGGGAGCUGCUCCAUAUUUUGCAUGAACAGCCCAAGUUUGCUCAUAAUGCAAGAUCAAAAAGGGAGUUUCUGGUACUGUUUGAGCAAGCUCUUAUGCAAGAUGACAACUAUUUCAAGCAUACUUGACUCCCUCUCUCCAGUGGGUGAGCAAUUGGCUGACAGGCCAGGCUCAAAGGGUUCCAGUAAAUGGGGUUAUGUGGGGCUGGCAACCAGUCACUAGUGGGGUUCCACAGGGAUCCAUCUUAGGGUCAGCACUCUUCAAUGUCUUUUUAAAUGAC